CAAAGAGUGGGAGGAGACAGUCACCUCUCCUCCGUUGAAUAUAGUAUAGGAGUUUGAUUCAAAAUUCUGGAUGGAGGUGCAGCGGCAGACGCUGCUAUAUAAAAUUUGAGGCUUCCUUCGAAAUUACAGACAGUUUCCCGCACUACGGCACAAACUACAGAGAAAAAUAUAAUGUAAAGGAGAACGAUCACCGACACGCCCUUAGUGCUCUGUACUGUUCUGUUUAUAAAAGGAGGAAAAAAGAAGAAACUGCAGAGAAAACUGCUGCUUCUUUUCUAUAUCUGUUUGUGGUAAAAAUAGAAAGAGAGAGAGAGAGAGAGAGAGAAAGAGAGAGAGGCAGGCAAUAAUGGUGGGUAUUUUCUCAAGGAUUUCAGGACACAGGACGAAUGCUCAACCGCGACCCCACUCAUCGCUGGUACUGCUUUUCAUGGCCAUUUUCCCCACUUUUUCUCCCUCCCCGCCUUUAUUCUCUUUGCCACUUUCUCUUUUUCUAUGCUUCUGCAUCUUCUUGCGAAGACAAGGAGAGGACAGCUCCUGAUGGAGAGAUGGUAGUUCUGGUGCCUUCUCUUAGUGGUGUCCGUGCAAUGCAAUUGGGAGUUGAGUUUAAGCCGAUUGAUCAUCCGACCGAGCCUCGAGACAACGAUCAACCUGUAAAAUGCCCGAUGCCGGAGCCAUCAAUACUAAAUGAUGGACGGAUAUGGAAAGAGCGAUUCGCAGAAGGAAUGCGGAGGAAGACAGACAUUCCAGUGAUGAAGGAAGACGCGACAACCACAGAGCAUCCGAUGCAGGCAGUACGCAAGAGGCAUCAGACGAACCCCCGUGAUCAUGUCAUCUUUCCCUCGUUUAGCGCACCAGAGCAGCACAUCAUCAAAAUGCUCCAAGAAAGCAAUGAUUUGGACUCAUGAUUUUAACAAUCGACGGUUGCCAAUGUAUAAUUAGAGAAGAUCUUCAACACCCAGAAAAGUACUCGGCCAACAUUUUCUUUUUAGUUUCUGUUCCUGUUCAUACGUCAUGUCAUAUGCCCAGCAGCUACCCUUUUCCCUUCGCUUUUAUUUAGAGUCAAGAUGUUAACAAUUAAUGUUGUCCAUGUAUAAUGAGAACUUCAGGAGAACAUCUGACAACCAAAAGGUAUUCUGCGCCACCGUUUUCUGUUUA